GCAGGAGGCCUGGAGGAGGGUGUUGCCGAUGUGGUUUCUUGAUGCCCUCUGCCUACUGGUGUCGGUGGAGAGGAGAAGAUCACAGACCACGAGCCUUCUGUUGCUGAGACCAGCAUUUUUAACCCUUCUCCGUCAUACCUGCUCCACUGACUCACCUAUCAAGCAGGAACGUCCUGGACCUUCCAAUCCAUACUGUGCAUUUUGGGAAUUGGUGCAACAUCAUCCUUUAAGAGCUGUAGAAGGUUGUGCCCUCUCAAGUGAAAGAUGGCUGUGUUGCGACAAUUUGGAUUUCUUCUCUGGAAGAACUACAUCUUGCAGAAGCGUCAGAUUUUGGUGACGGUCAUUGAGAUCUGCCUGCCGCUGCUGUUUGCUGCGAUCCUCAUUGCCCUCCGACAGCGUGUGCACUCCGUCAGCCACCCUAAUGCCACCAUCUACCAAACCGAGGAUGUGGACGAGCUGCCUUUGUUCUUCCAGCACUGGCACCCUCGUCCCUGGGAGCUGGCCUACGUCCCGUCGAACAACACCGCGGUGGAGACGGUGGUCGAGGGAGUGAUUGAGACCUUGCGGAUCGGCCGUGUCAAUAUCAAAGCUCGAGGCUUCUUAUCGGAGCUGGACUUCGAAAACUACAUCCGGUUCAAUAACCAUUCUGGCAACAUUUUGGCUGGGCUCGUUUUUGAAAACUGCUUGGCUUACAGUCAGGAGCCCUUGCCAACCCAGGUUAGUUACCAGCUACGUUUCAAAUACAGUCCUAGGAACGCCCCUCCAAGCGAACAGACAGGCCUGAACCCCAAUCUGGACCGGGACUGGCGCACCAGCUACCUUUUCCCACUCUUUCAGUUACCUGGACCCAGAGAAGCCAAGUGGGAAGAUGGAGGCAUGCCCGGUUACUAUCGGGAAGGUUUCUUGGGCGUACAGCACAUUGUGGACAAGGCAAUCAUCCAGUACCACACCAACACAUCAUCCGCAGACUUCCUCGACAAGAUCGCCGUGGUGGUUCAGCGCUUUCCUUACCCGCCUUAUGUCAACGACCUUUUUGUCCUGGCUAUUCAAACCCAGCUUCCACUGCUGCUUAUGCUGAGCUUUACCUAUACCUCGCUGAACAUUGUCCGGGCGGUGGUGCAUGAGAAGGAGAGGAAACUGAAGGAGUACAUGCGCAUGAUGGGGCUUAGCAACUGGCUGCACUGGAGUGCCUGGUUUCUGAUGUUCUUCCUCUUCCUCUUGGUGUCGGUCUUCUUCGUCACUGUCCUCUUCUGCGUCAAGGUGAGCGAGCAAGGAGCGGUGCUGACAAGCAGCGACCCUACGCUGGUGUUCACUUUCCUGACUGUCUUCUCCGUCUCAACGAUCUCUUUCAGCUUCAUGGUCAGCACUUUCUUCUCCAGAGCAAAUAUUGCCGCCGCUGCUGGGGGUUUCCUCUAUUUUCUCUCCUACAUUCCCUACUUCUUUAUCGCACCCCGUUAUGACCUCAUGAGUCACAGCCAGAAGAUUUCCUCCUGCCUCAUCUCCAACGUUGCUAUGGCCAUGGGGGCGCAGCUAAUUGGCAUGUUUGAAGGGAAAGGCACCGGCUUGCAGUGGAAAGAUCUGAUGAAGCCGGUCAGUGUAGACGACAACUUCACUUUGGCUCACGUGCUGGGGAUGCUUCUCCUCGACUCUGUGCUGUACGGCUUGGUGGCUUGGUACGUGGAGGCGGUUUUUCCAGGAGAGUACGGCAUCCCCCAGCCUUGGUACUUCUUCCUCAUGCCUUCGUAUUGGUCCGGAACUCCCCAGACAGUUCUCGGAAAAGAGAAGGAAGAGGAGGAGGAUCCAGAAAAAGCUCUGAAAAGCCACUACAUCGAGGAGGAGCCAUCCGAUCUGGUGUCGGGGAUCAAAAUCAAACAUCUCUCCAAGGUAUUCCAGGUCGGUGGCAAGACGAAAGAAGCAGUACGAGACCUGACCCUUAACAUGUACGAGGGGCAAAUCACGGUACUCCUGGGGCACAAUGGUGCCGGGAAAACAACCACUCUGUCCAUACUCACAGGACUGUAUCCUCCGACGAGUGGCCAGGCUUACAUCAACGGGUACGAGAUUUCUCAGGACAUGGUGCUGAUUAGAAAAAGCCUGGGCCUUUGUCCUCAACACGAUGUCCUUUUUGACCACAUGACGGUGGAAGAGCACCUCUACUUCUACUCUGGGCUGAAAGGAUUCCCUGCAGAGAAAUGCAUGGAGGAGAUCAGUCGCAUCCUGGACAUCCUCAACCUGCAGGAGAAACGCUUCUGCCUUUCCAAGGCCUUGUCCGGAGGGAUGAAACGGAAGCUUUCCAUUGGCAUUGCGCUCAUUGGGGACUCCAAGGUGGUGAUGCUGGAUGAGCCGACGUCGGGGAUGGACCCUGUUUCUCGCCGAGCCACCUGGGACCUCUUGCAGCAACAGCGGAGCAGCCGCACCAUCCUGCUCACCACCCAUUUCAUGGACGAGGCAGAUCUGCUGGGGGACCGCAUCGCCAUCAUGGCUAAAGGAGAGCUGCAGUGCUGUGGGUCCUCCCUCUUCCUCAAGCACAAGUAUGGGGCAGGCUACCACAUGGUGAUGGUGAAGGAGCCCUGCUGUAACAUUGGAGAUAUCUCUCGUCUCAUCCACCACUACGUCCCCAAAGCCACGCUGGAAAGUAACGCUGGGGCUGAGCUCUCCUUCAUCCUCCCCAAGGAGAGUACGCACAGGUUUGAGGCUCUGUUCACGGAGCUGGAACUGAGGCGGGAAGAGCUGGGCAUUGCGAGUUACGGAGCUUCGGUCACCACCAUGGAGGAAGUUUUCCUCAGAGUGGGCAAACUAGUAGAUUCCAGUAUGGAUAUUCAGGCCAUCCAGUUGCCAGCACUGCAGUACCAGCACGAGCGGCGGUCCAACGACUGGGCGGUGGACGAUUCCAGCAGCUUGAGUGGGAUGACGGACAUGACGGACGACAGCGGAGCGCUCAUCACGGAGGACUGCUCCAACAUCAAGCUGAACACAGGGUUCUACCUCUGCUGCCAGCAGUUCUAUGCCAUGUUCAUGAAGAGGGCCAUGUACAGUUGGCGGAACUGGAAGAUGGUGGUCGCUCAGUUCCUGGUGCCUCUGAUCUUCACUGCCUUUGCCCUGGUGGUGGCCAAGACUUUCCCGGGGCCUCAGGACUCUUCCCUGCUGAAGCUGACCUUAACUCCGUACGGCAGGACGACCGUGCCUUUCUCCAUUCCUCAAGGAUCCAGCCUGGCCCAGAGAAUAGCAGCGCAGUAUCAGGAGGUGGUUGAGGCCCAGCAUCAAGAGCCGUUAGAGGUGGUAGGAAACCUGCAGGAAUACCUGAUUUCGCGAGCCUCGGAUGAGGGGGGAGCCUUUAACGAGCACUACAUCGCGGCAGCUUCUUUUGAGGAGAUGGAGGACCAGAUGCAGGCCACGGCUCUCUUCAACAACCAGGCGUAUCACUCGUCAGCCGCAGCACUGCUGUUGGUAGACAACGCCUUGCUGAAGCUGCUGGCAGGCCCGAACUCUUCCAUCACAGUUUCUAAUUAUCCACAGCCCCGCAACAUGAUGGAGACAGCGAAGGACCAGCUGAUGGAAGGCCAGACGGGCUUUGCCAUCGCGAUCAACCUGCUCUAUGGGAUGGCAUCCUUGUCUAGCACCUUCGCCCUCCUCUUGGUCAGCGAGCGGGCCAUCAAAGCCAAGCAUGUCCAGUUCGUCAGCGGGGUCUACGUCGUCAGCUUCUGGCUCUCUGCCCUCCUGUGGGAUCUCAUCAACUUCCUCGUCCCCUGCGUGCUCAUGCUGGUUGUAUUCCAAGCCUUUGACGUCAAAGCUUUCACCCAGGACAGCCAUCUUGUGGACGUGAUGCAGAUCUUCCUCCUCUACAGCUGGGCCAUCAUCCCCCUCAUGUACCUGCUGAGCUUCUUCUUCUCUGUGGCAGCCACAGCUUACACUCGCCUCACCAUUUUCAACAUCUUCUCGGGCACAGCCACCUUCUUGGCCGUCACCAUCAUGAGCAUUCCAGAGCUUGGAAUGGUAGAGCUCUCAAAAACGCUGGAUAAAAUCUUCUUGAUCCUCCCCAACUAUUGCUUGGGGCAAAGCAUCAGUGUGUUCUACCAAAAUUACGAGUUCAUGCAGUUCUGCACGUCGUCUUUCGAGGCCGGCAUCAUCUGUAGAAUGUUAAAUAUCACCUACCAGUCCAAUUACUUUGCUUGGGAUAGCCCCGGGAUUGGCAAGUACUUGACGUCCAUGGCUGCGCAGGGGCUCAUCUUCCUCCUCCUCCUCUUCCUCAUUGAGACCAAUCUCCUUUGGAGCCUGCGGAACCUUCUCUGUGGUGUGCACCGGAGGCGGAAAUGGGUGAUGUUGCUGAACAAUGUCCCUCUGCUGCCGGAAGACCGAGAUGUUGCAGAUGAGCGGAAGAAGGUCUUAGAGUCUCCGACGGCAUCGCUUUCAUCUCUCAACAGUCCUCUAGUCAUCAAGGAGCUCACUAAGGUGUACAGUAGCAGGGACUUGUGUUUGGCGGUGGACAGAAUUUCCCUGGCCGUCAACAAGGGCGAAUGCUUUGGCCUGCUUGGUUUCAACGGGGCAGGCAAAACCACCACCUUUAAGAUGCUGACGGGAGACGAGAGUAUCACGUCGGGAGAUGCUUAUGUAGAUGGGCACAGUAUCCUGGCCAAUAUCAAAAAGGUCCAGCAGCGGAUUGGCUACUGCCCUCAGUUUGAUGCCCUUCUGGAUCACAUGACUGGGAGGGAGACCUUGAGCAUGUAUGCCCGACUGCGGGGCAUCCCCGAGCGUUACAUCGGCAGUUGUGUAGAAAACAUGCUCCGAGGUUUGCUGUUGGAACCGCACGCCAACAAGCUGGUCCGGAUGUACAGGUGA